AUGAAUCCUUCUGCCGCUGAGAAGAGCGAAGCCAUGAUACAACAAAGCAAGCGAGGAAUUGAAGGUGACACGCCAUAUGAAAUCAGACACAUUAUACUCUUGCGACUACCCGUUAAGUCUUUGUUGCGAUUUAGGUGCGUCGGUAAAUCAUUGCUUGCUUUUGACCGACAAAGUAUCCUUCGCUUCGGCUACAACCGAAGGAAGACCAACGAUUUGGACUCCAUAGCCUUUGACUGCAGUGAUGAUUCAGAGCAAAAACUAUGCUUUCCAUGUAAGGAGUCUUAUGUACUGAAGUGUUCUUGGAAUGGUAUAGUAGUGUUGAGUCUUAGAAAGGAACCCAUAUGUGUACUGUGGAAUCCAUCUACUAAAGCAUACAAGAAGUUCUCCCUUCCUGAUCAAAUAUAUAAAGAUUAUGCACUACGUGGAUUGGGCCUGGUUGGAACCUCUGAUCCACCAACUUUUAUGUAUGGUGAUUCCUAUGGAGACGAUCUCCUCUACGAUGCAAGCCCGAGCCGUACAAACCAAUAUGAGUGUGUGAUUGUUUACUUUGAUACGGUGGAUCACAAGUUCAGGGAGAUGCCACCACCAAAUUGUAUAAAUGAGGGAGAUAUGUUUGAUUUGACGGUUUUGAAAGGAUGCCUUAGUUUAUAUUUUAGUACCAUUGAUAGGAACUAUUUUGAGGUUUGGACUAUGGAGCAAUAUGGUGAGCGUAAUUCUUGGACCAAGUUAAUUGUCAUCCCACGUUAG